UCAAACCUAUCCCUUGACACUUUAAACGUGCGAUAAUUUAUGGACUGGUUUUUGAUUGCACUGUAAAGGCUGAUUUUCAUAUCCUCCCUCUUCUCCCACGUAGAGAGUGUUGUUCAGAGCCUGAAAGGAGGACCAGUCCUCCAGUUGCUGCCUCCAAUUCAAGGUACAAAGGGUCCAGGAAAGCAAAGCAGCAUGGCGUGCUUUAGACGCAAAGCCCGUAGAACUAAGACUUCAGCUCUGGGAAUUGUUCGAGGCACUGUGCCGGAGAAACUGAGGGAGGUUCACAAAGAUAUCUCGGUGGGUAGCCUUCUCAUGGCUCCUGAUGGUGAGAUAGUACGACUCUCCCUGCUGGACUCUGUUCAAGGUCCCAGUGGCAGCUUUCCAGGCUGCUCCUCUCAUCCAAAAGGAAGCAAGCCCCUCGUGUAUGGUUUCGAUGGUAAGAAGGAUCGAUCAAUUACAAAGCAGCGGAUGGAAGGGGGAUCACAAACUGACUCUGCAGCAAGAAGUUCCUGCCAAGAAGAGGACAUCUGGUCUAGUUCAGAUGAUGAUGACAUUCUUUGUGAGAUUGAUGGAGACUCCAGUCAAUCCCAAACGCCAACCCAACUCACCUCGGAACAAAGACGAGCACGGAAGGCUCUGAGACAAGGACGCAAGAGACAGACUCAGCUUGACGGGACCUCCUCUGGAGGACCGGUGAGUGACUCAGCCAGAGGAGCAAAGGUCAACAGCGACAGAAGGGCCAAGAGAAGAGCGAAGGUCAACAGCGACAGAAGGGCCAAGGGUGAGGCAAUGGUCAACAGCGACACAAGGGCCAAGGGUGAGGCAAAGGUCAACAGCGACAGAAGGGCCAAGGGUGAGGAAAUGGUCAACAGCGACAGAAGGGCCAGGGGUGAGGCAACAGUCAACAGCGACAGAAGGGCCAAGGGUGAGGCAACGGUCCGCCGCCGACAGCGACAAGCCCCUGAUGACAUAGAGGAGAUGACACUGGGGGAAGAUGGAAAUCUGCAUCGAUCAUAUCCACCUGGGCGUACCCGUCACGGCACUGAAUACGACUCAGUACAUGAGAGGGAGCGAGCUCAGGGCACCAGACAAACCACACAUGCUUCCACCUACAGGAGAUCUGCUGCUGGCUCUUCCCUGGCAGGCUGGUCCCAGUCAGAACACGGGAUCUUGGAUGCAGCUGAGGAGCUGGGGUCACCGUCCAGCCACCGUGAAGUUGAGAAUGGAUGCCUUCCCAAAGCCAGCCGGAGGAGGAAGCUUCAGAAGGACGGCUUUGUAGCCGAAGACGACUCCGAGACUGAUGUUGAAGACUGGGAGGCCGAGCCGUGGCGUGAACUAAUCGAGGGAAGAACCAGGAUCAAGGCAAAAAAACAUAAAAGCAAAAGGAAAGGAAGGAGAAGUCCCAACCAAGACCCAAGUAUCGGGGAUGGUGACUGGGUGCCCAGCAGUGGGGAAGAGUCGACAGGAUCCAUCCUGGUACCAGGGGAGAACUCACCAUCGGAACAAGAGGGCACACGGCAGUCACAUAGGAGACUGGCAGCAAACGAUCUAUCGGAGUUGGGGAGGGCCCUGAGGCCAAACCGGGCACCGGGAGGGAACAAGGAGAGAAACAAGAGCAAUGGACGUGCCGAGUUUGUCGUAGGAAGACCCAGGGAGAAGAGAGCCCAGCACCAGUACCUGCCGCCAGGGAAACAGCAGAAGGAAGUGUCCCAGCAGCGGAGGAAGGCAAUGAGAGAGGACGAGAUGGAGGAGGAUAUCAUCACCCAGAUGGGCUCGGAGACGCGUGGGCUGCAUUCCCCCAGCAGCGGGAGCACUCCGACCGCAGGGCUGGCAAGCGCAGCUGGGCCAGGCCCGACCUCCAGCUACACUGACGUCAGAGCCAGGGGCUCGGGGAAAGAUGGAGCAAGGAGCAGAGGGCAACUGGAAGAAAGCAGAGAGUGGCCGAAAGGUGCGACAUCAGCAUCAGAGUCAAAGCGCCCCAGGCAGCUGGACAGCAAGAGGCUGGAAGUAGGCCAGUGGCCCGAUGAUGAGUCAGAGGAUGAAGACAAGCAACUGGAUCCCAGCGAGCGGAGGCGCCAGGCGGUUGAGCGACAAAUCCAGCGGGAAUUAGAUGAAGAGCGGAGGAGGAGGGAAGAGACAAGGUUCAAGAGACAGCAGCAGGACCACGGAGCACCAGAGCAGGAGGACGAUGAGCAGCAACAACAGAAAGGAGAGCAGCGGGACCGUGAACGGCGGCAGAAACAACAGGAAGACUAUCGAAGGAAAUUCCAAGAAAUGCAGCAGGCCAAGGAGAGGAUCCUGGCAGAGAGAGCAAACGAGAAAGCGCGUCUGGAAAGGCUGCACCAGGAGCAACGGGAAGAGGAGCGGCGGCUCUUGAGUGAGAUGGACGAACCUCAGCGUCAGGAGUACCUGAGACUGAAGCAGAUCAGAGAAGAGCAAAUGAGGCAGCAGCUGGAGGAGCGCCGGCAAAAAGAGGGGGAGAGGAACAGGUUGCUGCUCGAGGCGGCGCGGCGGGAAGCAGUGUCCUUUCUGCGGCAGAAGGGGCUGAUGGGACAGGGCCUCAUGUUGCACGGAGGCUUGCUGCUGGAACUCAUGGAACUGGAGCAGGGGCAGAAUGUCACAAGGCCUUGGGUCUUCUCUUACUUUGAACUGAUGGAGAUUCUGGCUCUGGAAACAUCAGUGGAGACUGAGUGAGUGAGGACACAACCCGACAUCACUGCUGUGGUUCUCUGCUGGGAACGCGAGACUCGAACAGUUUCACCUGUCAAGGAUGGACUGAUUAAAAAUAAAAAAGCUUUUCUUCAUAAAGGUGCACAUGUGAACACCCAGAAAUAAACACUCACACAUAAGUGAAGCACACACACGUCCACAAGCACAUACAAUGUUACGUAAACAACAGGAGGCCAAUCCACUCCUCAAAUCUGUUCUGUCCUUUAAUAGGAUCGUGGCUAAUCUGAUUACAUCUUCAACUCCACAUUCCCGUCAAACCAAAGUAACCUUCCAUCUCUUUGCCUUAAAAAUAUUCCAAGACACAAAAGGACCUCAGAGCAAAAAAAAACACCUCAUCUCUGCCUUAAAUAGGUGACCUUUUUAAAUAGUGAUGUUUCAUCCCAGAUCCUCCCCAAGAAGAAAUAUCCUCUCCACAUUCACCAUUCAAGAUCCCUCAGUCUCUUCCAUACCCCUUGUGUCAAUGUGUGCCCAAGCCAUCUCUCAUAUUGCCUUACCACCUGGAAGACCACACAGCCCAUCAAUUCUAUGUUGGCUGCCAAAGAGAUGCCCAGUCCCUCUCUCCCAUUUAGUUCCCUGUACCCAAUUCUCCCAAAUAUUCCCAUUAACAUUAUCCUGAUUCCCCUAUCACCAAUUAAGCUAACAACCAGAAUGUCUUUGGGGUGUGGGAGGAAAAUGGGAGAAUCCAGGGGAAAUCAAAGUCACAGGGAUAAUGUGUGAAUUCUACAUGGACAUCAGCAGAGGUCGGGAUCGAACCCGGGUUGCUGGAGCCAUGAACAAAUUGCAAUACUUGAAAGGAGAGGGUGUUUUCGGUCCCCUUAUAGGAGAAAUUAAAGAAAAAAAUCUACAAGACAAUGCCAUGGUACAGUAGAGGAGAGUAGCAGAACAACCUGGUUGUACUGGAGACACAAAAGACUGCAGAUGCUGGAAUAUGAAGCAAAACAAAAAAACUGCAGGUCGAGCAUCAUCUAUGGAGGCGAAGGGGCUGGUCGAUGGGUUUGGUCUGAACCUGGUUAUGUUGCUGCUAACAGGUCAGGUGACCCAUACACACUCACCUGUGCCAGCAGAUGAGGAAGGGCCACUGGGCGCGUCAGCACUGGAGGCUGGGAGGGCGAUAGUGAGGGACAGCAAGAAGCAAAACUGUUACUGUAGAAGCAACACCAGUCUCUAAACCUCAA